UUAAAGAUGAACACUGCCUACACUCUUAACCCAAGAGGCCACUGGAAAUAGCCCAAAGACCCACUGAGGGAGAUGGACACUGUUUCCCAGAAGUAAAUACAGCUCAACUUGUACUUUGGAACAACUGGUCAACCUUGCUCCUUGCACAAUUCAUCAGCAAAGGUUAGGCAGCGCCUGAAUAGGAUCAUGGCAGAAGCACCGGGCCUCGUCACCAUCUGCCUUUUAGGAUACCUACUCAGUGCCGAAUGUGCAGUUUUUCUUGAUCGUGAAAAUGCCACCAAAAUUCUGAGUCGGCCAAAGAGGUAUAAUUCAGGUAAACUGGAAGAGUUUGUUCAAGGGAACCUUGAGAGAGAAUGUAUAGAAGAAAAGUGCAGUUUUGAAGAAGCACGGGAAGUUUUUGAAAACACUGAAAAAACCACUGAAUUUUGGAAGCAAUAUGUUGAUGGAGAUCAAUGUGAAUCCAAUCCAUGUUUAAAUGACGGUGUAUGCAAGGAUGACAUUAAUUCCUAUGAAUGUUGGUGUCGAGCUGGAUUUGAAGGAAAGAACUGUGAAUUAGAUGUAACAUGCAACAUUAAGAAUGGCAGAUGCAAGCAGUUUUGUAAAUUGGGCCCCGAUAACAAGGUGGUUUGUUCCUGUACUACGGGAUACCAACUUGCGGAAGACCAAAGGUCCUGUGAACCAGCAGUGCCGUUUCCAUGUGGAAGAGUUUCUGUCCCUCACAUUUCUAUGACACGCACCCGUGCUGAAACUCUUUUUUCCAAUAUGGACUAUGAAAAUUCAACUGAAGUGGAAAAAGUUUUGGAUAACAUCACCCAACCGCUUAACGACUUCACUCGAGUUGUUGGUGGAAAAGAUGCCAAACCAGGUCAAUUCCCUUGGCAGGUCCUUUUGAAUGGGAAAGUUGAUGCAUUCUGCGGAGGUUCCAUCAUCAAUGAAAAAUGGGUGGUAACUGCAGCCCACUGUAUUGAGCCUGAUGUUAAAAUUACCGUAGUUGCAGGUGAGCAUAACACCGAGAAGAGGGAACAUACGGAGCAGAAGCGAAACGUGAUUCGCACUAUUCUUCACCACAGCUAUAAUGCAACUAUUAAUAAGUACAACCAUGACAUCGCCCUUCUGGAACUGGAUGAGCCCUUAAUGCUAAACAGCUAUGUAACACCUAUUUGCAUUGCUGACAGGGAAUACUCGAACAUCUUCCUCAAAUUUGGGUCUGGCUAUGUGAGUGGCUGGGGGAGGGUCUUCAACAGAGGGCGAUCGGCUCCAAUUCUUCAAUACCUUAAAGUUCCACUUGUUGACCGAGCCACAUGCCUUCGGUCCACAAAGUUCACCAUUUAUAACAACAUGUUCUGUGCUGGCUUCCAUGAGGGAGGUAAAGAUUCAUGCCAGGGCGAUAGUGGGGGACCCCAUGUCACCGAAGUAGAAGGCAUAAGUUUCUUAACUGGGAUUAUUAGCUGGGGUGAAGAGUGUGCGAUGAAAGGGAAGUAUGGAAUAUAUACCAAGGUGUCCCGGUAUGUCAACUGGAUUAAAGAAAAGACGAAGCUCACCUAAAGAAAAAUGUAUUUCCAAGGUUGACACAUUUAGGGUAGAAAAUGGACAAGGUCCUUUACUAACUAAUCACUUUCUUUUAUCUCUUUAGAUUUGACUAUAUACAUUCUCUGAAUACUGCUUUUUCUCUUUCUGGGGAGAAAUCUAUCUAGAAUUCCUAUUUUACUAGACUAAGUAGAUUAGAAAAUGUAAUCACUACGGGAAUGUACUGUGAUGGGAACUUGUGACCACUCCCACAGGUCUAGCCCUUGGCACCAUUGUGAGGUUAGGUUCUUCCUCCUGCCCAUCAGGUGUUAAGUUUCUCCACUGGGGCAACUCCCUGAUUCUCCCUCCUUGGCAGCAUUCCAUGUUCCAGACCUUUCUUACCUUUCCCAUGGAAAUCAUCAAAAUGUGUUAGAUCUACAUCCAGGAUAUUUGGUCUAGUUCAUAACAAGUCUAACACCUCACUCGUUAAGGAAGAACACAGGAGCAACUGACAGGUUGCAACUCACCAGAAAACACUAUUUCCUUUUCUGUAUGCUUAUUCCUGCUUCCUUUAUCUCUUCUGUUUCCUAAUCCUGAAAUCAGUGUCUCUCUUUCUCUUUCUCUCUCUCUUUUUCCUACAGAGGAUUAAAGGAGGGAAGGGACACAUCAUGCUGUUUUACUACUGUCCACAGUUAUACAUGUCUAUCAAACCCAGACUUGCUUUCAGUUUGGUCUUUGACUUGCUUUUCGGAGCAUAGGGAUGAAGCCAAGUGCCUGAAGCACUUGCAGGAAAAUUUGUCUGAAAGAGUCAUGUUACUGUAAUACAUGCAUCGUGGAAGGAAUGACCAACCCAUCAGAAUAGUUCCAAUAAGCAUUUGUAAUUGUGUUGUGAUAGAGGUAACUAAGAAGGGUGACAUCAACUCCUGCGUCUCAUCCCCCAUGUGAAAAAAACUGUGAACUAAAAGAGAACAGCCAGUGUGCAAUGUAGAACUAGUAGUCUUCAAGGAAGAAUUCAUUGGUGGGUCUCCAGUACUGGCUGGAGCUAAGGAAGAAGUUGCCCUCGACCAAAGAACAUGAGCACCCUGUCUCCUAAACUAGCAUGUCCCCACAGUGGAAAAGGAUGUACUGGUGGCUUAAAGGCAUGAGUCAGGGAUGUCUGGGUGGCUCAGUGGUUAAGCCUUUGGCUCAGGGCAUGAUCCCAGUGUCCUGGGAUUGAGUCCCGCUUCAGGCUUCCUGCAGGGGGCCUGCUUCUCCCUCUGCUUAUGUCUCUGCUUCUGUGUGUGUGUGUGUGUGUGUGUGUGUGUGUGUGUGUGUCUCAUGAAAAAAAUAAAUAAAAUCUUAAAAAAAAAAAAGGGUAUGAGU